UGUGCGGGCUGAGGAGAUGGGUCCAACGAUCCACACAUCUGUAAUAAAAUAGAUAAUAUUAUGUUUAAACGAAACAACUUGUUUACCGUAGAUGUAUCAUGUGUUAAUGCUGCAGAGUACUGUGGUGUAAAGUUUGACUGCAAGUCACGCGUGCUCUCUGGAGGCGGAGAUGGGGUGACGAGAAACGCGAUGGGAGAACCAGCUAAAGCUUUGCUAUUCCAUCUGUGAAGCUGCUCGCUUCAUCGCUGGUACUUGUCGAGGGAGGAAACCGGAACCGCUUAAAACAAACAUCGACAGCAAAUAUACAGUCACCCAGUAUACUGUAUGCUAUAGUUGUGACGGAGGAUGGACGGACGACCAGGGGACGCGUCAAAGGAGAGGACAAGAGGCUUCUAUCUGAGUGUCCCCUGUGCCUGUGCUUUGAUACUGCUGGCGGUGAUACUGGCUGCUCUGGUGGGCAUUAUAGUGUUCAUGGCAGGACCACGUCAUGUUGUGUGUCAGUGCCACAUGCCUAAUACGUCACUUCCGGUCAGGGAGAUAAGGGUCAGAGAGGAAUUCCAGGGAGUUACUAAUUCAAGCAAAGAUUACCUAACGACUUCCACGAUGACAUCAAUGAUGUCAUUGUCGGCCUCAACCCCACAGACGUCACCAACGUCAACCUCCUCCUCUGCUGCGCCUACAACCACGACAACGACAACACAGCCGGCGCCUGUAAACAAAACCCUCCCUGGUCAAGUGGUACCUUAUCACUACAACAUACAACUGUUUAUGGACAUCUACCAAAAUAAAUCAGCAUUAUUCAAACUCCACGGUAACGUAUCCAUCUUCCUUGACGUCAAAGAACCGACGUGGAAUAUAACGCUUAAUGUCAAAGAGCUAACUAUUGAUAGACAGUCUCUGUCACUAAAACCAUUAAGAGCCAAUCAGUCCGCGCCAAGAAUUGUACAGACAAUAUCUGACAAAGAGAGGGAGUUUUAUAUCCUUCUGUUAAACAUGGAGUUGACAGUUGGCGAGAAAUACCAGCUGUCGAUUGGUUACGAGGACCAACUGACGUCAUCACCAUACGGGAUAGCUUACAACGCCUAUAAGGACGAGAACGGACGGAUACAAUACUUUGCGGUGAGCCAGUUCCAACCAUCUAAAGCCCGACAAGCGAUUCCCUGUUUCGAUGAACCUCGCUAUAAGACUACCUUCAACAUUACGCUGGUGAGGAAGGUGGGGAACUACACAUCGUGGUCCAACACGGACAUCAUCCGACAGGAUCCAAGGGGAGACAACUAUGUUGCCGAUGUUUACGAGACGACACCCAAGAUGUCGAUCUACAUCCUCGCCUUCGCGGUCGUCAACUACGACUACAUGGAAAACGUCACGUCAACAGGGGUCAUGUAUCGCACCAUCUCAGAGCCGGACAUUAUUUCUGAAGUGACAAUGGCCCACGAGCAGGGAAUACGGAUAUUUGAGUGGUUUAACCAGAACCUCCGGCCCCCCUAUCCACUUUCAAAAAUAGAUAACAUCGUCAUCCGGGGUCGGCUCGGGGCAGCCAUGGAGAACUGGGGACUAGUCAUGUAUAGAGACAUCGUGUUCAACCCCGAAGUCAACUCCAGGAAGGCCAAACUAGGAACCAUGCUUCUCCUUGGACAUGAAGUGUGUCACCAGUGGUUUGGGAACUUGGUCACCCCGACAACGUGGCGAUGGGUGUGGCUGAGCGAGGGCUUCGCUGUGUUCUUUGAGUUCUACGUGAUACACAGUCUCCAUCCCUCAUGGAGACAGGAUGAAUGCUUUGUGGUAGACCAACUCCAUCCUUUAUUUAUCCACGACGCAAACAAACACUGGCCUCUUGUGAAAGAAGUUCCAAGGUUUGACAAGAUCCUCUACUACAAGGGAGCCAGUGUCGUACGGAUGCUGCGUCUGAUCUUCGGAGAGGAACUGUUCCUGAAAGCAAUUAAUGAGUACUUAUUCAAGCAUCAGUACGGAUCAGUGGAAAAUUCCGACUUGUGGACAGUCUUCAAUGAGGAAGCUGCAAAGGAAAACAUUAGUGUGAACGUUGGAGAUUUAUUGGAACCGUGGCUACUACAAAUGCAUUAUCCGGUUGUCAUGGUUACAAUACCACGAUCAGGGGCCCUCGAAGUCAGUCAACAGCUAUUCCAAACCAACAUGAGCGCGGACGUCAGCGACGAUGGAGCCAAAUACGGAUAUAAAUGGGAUAUUCCCCUAACUUAUGCUACUGCAUCUGACACUUCGUCCUUCAGUAAAGAGCACACAUUUCAGGACAUAUCGUGGCUCUACAGAACACAGAAUUCCACUGAGGUGGAAGACGUCAACAUCCAAGACCCGUCCACGCCCGGAGGCUGGGUUCUUGUCAACCUCCACCAGACGGGGUACUACAGGGUGAACUAUGAGGAGGCCAACUGGUUAGCCCUAGUUAGACAGCUGGACACAAAUCACUCAGUUUUCCCGCCUGUCAACAGAGCUCAGAUAAUCGAUGAUGCGUUUAGUAUGGCUGGGGUUGGUCUACUGAACGCCUCCAUAGCCUUCCGGACACUCGGCUUCCUGAGGAAUGACAGCGACUAUGUCUCCUGGACUCCGGCUGUCCGCGUCCUGGACGACCUGGACUCACGACUGAUGGACACUCGCUUCUAUGGGGCUUUCAAGGAAUUUGUGCUGGACCUGGUGACGAGUGCUUACAGGGACUAUGGCGUGGAGGUUGACGACUCGGACACGCCCCUUGUUGUCUAUCAGCGAGCCAGGGUCGCACGCAUGGCAUGUCGGCAGGGCCUCGGGAGUUGUUUAGCUGAUUCCUCACGUCUGUUUAACCGCUGGACCGUCGACCAGGACAAGUACAGGCCGUCCCCGGAUAUUGUGGACAUCGUCAACUGCUACGGGGUACGGGAAGGGGGGUUAGAGGCGUGGCAGGCGGUUUACGAGGCCUACAGCACCGCCACUGACUACCGAUACGCACACCGACUGCUGACUGGUCUGGCCUGUCCCAAAGAGCCAUGGCUCAUCAGAAGGGUUCUUGAUGUCGCAAGUGACUCUAGGAAGAUAAAGUCAUUCCAUCAGGCAACUAUCUUCACCACCUUGGCCAGGUCCCCGGAUGCCGUGCACAUCGUAUGGGACUACGUGAAGGAAAACGUCCACUCGCUCCGGAAGACAAUAGUAAGGAACGUCCUAGGUGUUGUCGCCCAUACACUGACCAGCAGUACGUUUACAGCAGAGCUUGAACUCCUGGCAAACAACACAAGAUCUAUCAGGCCUUCUGUAGUCAGUUCAGCCAUGUCUGCAUUCAACACCAGGAAGUUGUGGAUGGAGGACCACAGCGCCGUGUUGACAGAGUGGUUCACUGAGAUGGGUUAUGGGAAUUAUGUAUGGUAGUUAGGUACUGUAGAGCGGCACGGGAUGUGGUAGUUAUGUUCUGUAGAGUGUCACGGGGUAUGAUAGUUAUGUACUGUAGAGCAUCAGGGGGUAUGGUAGUUGUGUACUGUAGAAUGUCACGGGUUAUGGUAGCUAUGUACUGUAGAGCAUCAGGGGGUAUGGUAGUUAUGUACUGUAGAGUGUCACGGGGUAUGAUAGUUAUGUACUGUAGAGCAUCAGGGGGUAUGGUAGCUAUGUACUGUAGAGUGUCACGGGGUAUGGUAGCUAUGUACUGUAGAGCGUCACGGGGUAUGGUAGUUAUGUACUGUAGAGCGUCAGGGGGUAUGGUAGUUAUGUACUGUAGAGUGUCACGGGGUAUGGUAGUUGUGUACUGUAGAGCGUCACGGGGUAUGGUAGUUGUGUACUGUAGAGUGUCACGGGGUAUGGUUGUUGUGUACUGUAGAGCGUCACGGGGUACGGUAGCUAUGUACUGUAGAGCGUCACGGGGUAUGGUAGUUGUGUACUGUAGAGUGUCACGGGGUAUGGUAGUUGUGUACUGUAGAGUGUCACGGGGUAUGGUAGUUGUGUACUGUAGAGUGUCACGGGGUAUGGUAGCUAUGUACUGUAGAGUGUCACGGGGUAUGGAAGCUAUGUACUGUAGAACGUCAAGGGGUAUGGUAGUUAUGUACUGUAGAAUGUCACGGGGUAUGGUAGUACAUCCUUGUAUCAUAUGAUAUGUCUCAGUCCCUCUACUUCCUUGUAUCAUAUGAUACGUCUCAGUCCCUCCACGUCCUUGUAUCAUCUGAUAUGACUUAGUUCCGCUCCCUUCUUGUAUCAUAUGAUAUUUCUCAGUCCCUCCACGUCCUUGUAUCAUAUGAUAUGUCUCCGUCCCUCUACUUCCUUGUAUCAUCUGAUAUGACUCCGUCCCUCCACGUCCUUUAUCAUAUGAUACGUCUCCGUCCCUCCACGUCCUUGUAUCAUCUGAUAUGACUCAGUUCCACUCCCUUCUUGUAUCAUAUGAUAUUUAACAGUUCCUCACCUUCCUUGUAUCAUAUGAUAUGGCUCCGUCCCUCUACUUCCUUGUAUCAUAUGAUAUGGCUCCGUCCCUCUACUUCCUUGUAUCAUAUGAUAUGUCUCAGUCCCUCCACGUCCUUGUAUCAUCUGAUAUGACUCAGUUCCACUCCCUUCUUGUAUCAUAUGAUAUUUAACAGUUCCUCACCUUCCUUGUAUCAUAUGAUAUGGCUCCGUCCCUCUACUUCCUUGUAUCAUAUGAUAUGGCUCCGUCCCUCUACUUCCUUGUAUCACAUGAUAUGACUUAGUUCCACUCCCUUCUUGUAUCAUAUGACAUGUCUCAGUUCCUCCACGUUCUUGUAUCAUAUGAUAUACAUCAGUUCCACUCCCUUCUUGUAUCAUAUGAUAUGUCUCAGUCCCUCCACGUCCUUGUAUCAUAUGAUAUGUCUCCGUCCCUCUACUUCCUUGUAUCAUAUGAUAUGUCUCAGUUCCUCUACUUCCUUGUAUCAUAUGAUAUGACUCAGUUCCUCUACUUCCUUGUAUCAUAUGAUAUUUAACAGUUCCUCACCUUCCUUGUAUCAUAUGAUAUGUCUCCGUCCCUCUACUUCCUUGUAUCAUAUGAUAUGUCUCAGUUCCUCUACUUCCUUGUAUCAUAUGAUAUGUCUCAGUUCCUCCACGUCCUUGUAUCACAUGAUAUGUCUCAGUUCCUCUACUUCCUUGUAUCAUAUGAUAUGAGUCAGUUCCUCCACGUCCUUGUAUCACAUGAUAUGUCUCAGUUCCUCUACUUCCUUGCAUCAUAUGAUAUGACUUAGUUCAUCCACGUCCUUGUAUCAUAUGAUAUGACUUAGUUCCUCUACUUCCUUGUAUCAUAUGAUAUGUCUCCGUCCCUCUACUUCCUUGUAUCAUAUGAUAUGUCUCAGUUCCUCUACUUCCUUGUAUCAUAUGAUAUGACUUAGUUCCUCCACGUCCUUGUAUCAUAUGAUAUGUCUCAGUUCCUCUACUUCCUUGUAUCAUAUGAUAUGUCUCAGUCCCUCCACGUCCUUGUAUCAUCUGAUAUGACUCAGUUCCACUCCCUUCUUGUAUCAUAUGAUAUUUAACAGUUCCUCACCUUCCUUGUAUCAUAUGAUAUGUCCCCGUCCCUCUACUUCCUUGUAUCAUAUGAUACGUCUCAGUCCCUCCACGUCCUUGUAUCAUCUGAUAUGACUUAGUUCCACUCCCUUCUUGUAUCAUAUGAUAUGUCUCAGUUCCUCCACUUCCUUGUAUCAUAUGAUAUGUCUCCGUCCCUCUGCUUCCUUGUAUCAUAUGAUAUGUCUCCGUCCCUCUACUUCCUUGUAUCAUAUGAUACGUCUCUGUUCCUCCACGUCCUUGUAUUAUAUGAUAUGGCUCCGUCCCUCUACUUCCUUGUAUCAUAUGAUAUGCAUCAGUUCCUCCACGUCUUGUUUCAUAUGAUAUAGAUCAGUUCCUCUUCUUCCUUGUACCAUAUGAUAUGCAUCAGUUCCUCCAUUUCCUUGUAUCAUAUGACAUAGCUCAGUUCCUCUACUUCCUUGUAUCAUCUGAUAUGACAUAGUUCCUCCACGUCCUUGUAUCAUAUGAUAUGUCUCAGUCCCUCCACGUCCUUGUAUCAUAUGAUAUGUCUCCGUCCCUCUACUUCCUUGUAUCAUAUGAUAUUUAACAGUUCCUCACCUUCCUUGUAUCAUAUGAUAUAUCCCCGUCCCUCUACUUCCUUGUAUCAUAUGAUACGUCUCCGUCCCUCCACGUCCUUGUAUCAUCUGAUAUGACUUAGUUCCACUCCCUUCUUGUAUCAUAUGAUAUGUCUCAGUUCCUCCACUUCCUUGUAUCAUAUGAUAUGUCUCCGUCCCUCUGCUUCCUUGUAUCAUAUGAUAUGUCUCCGUCCCUCUACUUCCUUGUAUCAUAUGAUACGUCUCUGUUCCUCCACGUCCUUGUAUUAUAUGAUAUGGCUCCGUCCCUCUACUUCCUUGUAUCAUAUGAUAUGCAUCAGUUCCUCCACGUCUUGUUUCAUAUGAUAUAGAUCAGUUCCUCUUCUUCCUUGUACCAUAUGAUAUGCAUCAGUUCCUCCAUUUCCUUGUAUCAUAUGACAUAGCUCAGUUCCUCUACUUCCUUGUAUCAUAUGAUACGUCUCUGUUCCUCCACGUCUUGUAUCAUAUGAUAUACAUCAGUUCCUCUACUUCCUUGUACCAUAUGAUAUGCAUCAGUUCCUCCAUUUCCUUGUAUCAUAUGACAUAGCUCAGUUCCUCUACUUCCUUGUAUCAUAUGAUACGUCUCUGUUCCUCCACGUCCUUGUAUCAUAUGAUUUGUGUCAGUCCCUCUACCUCCUUGUAUCAUAUGAUAUGACUCAGUUCCACUCCCUCCUUGUAUCAUAUGACUCAGUCCCUCUACUUCCUUGUAUCCUAUGAUACGUCUCAGUCCCCCACAUCCUUGUAUCAUAUGAUUUGUGUCAGUCCCUCUACCUCCUUGUAUCAUAUGAUAUGCAUCAGUUCAUCCACGUCCUUGUAUCAUAUGAUAUACAUAAGUUCCUCCACGUCCUUGUAUCAUAUGAUAUACAUAAGUUCCUCCACGUCCUUGUAUCAUAUGAUAUGUCUCAGUUCCACUACCUCCUUGUAUCAUAUGAUAUCUGUAGUAUCAUAGAACUUUGAACAAUAAGGGAUCAGUUGAUAUCCCCGAAGGAUACAUGGAAGUUUUUUCGUAAAACUCCUAGGUGUAUCCGAAUUAGUUUCUUACUUGUCACAGUUCCACGCUAUGUAAAACAGGAGAUACACGUAUUACCUUUCUAAACAUCAAUAAUUCAUUCAUUCUUCGUCACAAGACAACACAAAGCUAAAUUUUUCAUAAAUGUAAAAAAGUAAAUAACUGUUUUAUGAAAAGUAAAUGAUCUCAUUUUUAUCAGGCAGCAUGAUAGGACUCACAUACCAGAGGUAACCCUCAACGUAACAUAUAGCGGAACCUGUCAAACAGUCACUUCCCAUAGGCCUGCCACGUGAAGAUCCGGGGUAGAAUAGGUCUUCAGGAACCCAUGCUUGCCGGAAGAGGCGACUAUAGUUGUCGUAAGAGGCGACUAACGGGACCAGGUGGUCAGGCUCGCUGACUUGGUUGAUGC